UUAUAUUCAGGCGUUUGUUAUUCCAUAAGCAAUGAUGUGUUUAAGGAUGUGAAGAGUGACCACGAUUUCACGGGAAAAGUAGUGUUGACAACUGGCUCCAGCUCUGGCAUCGGUGAGGGAAUUGUCAAACUGUUCUCUCGAUUGGGCGCCAAUGUUGUGGUCACCGGACGGAAGGCCAGUGAAAUCAGUCGUGUGGCCAAAGAGGCUCAACAAUUGUCACCCAAAAAACUGAAGCCUCUGGAAGUGGUGGCAGAUGUGGGUAAAAGUGAUGAUCUGAAGAGAUUAUUAAACGAGACGAUCAAAACUUAUGGUAAAUUAGAUGUAUUGGUCAAUAACGCAGGAAUCGGUCAAUUCAUUGGUAUAAGAGAUCCCAAUCUUAUGUCAGUGUUUGAUAAGACAAUACAUAUAAAUUUGCGCUCAUUUCUUGAGCUCAUCCAACUGUCUGUCCCUUAUUUGGAUCAAACAAAUGGCACUAUUAUUAGUAUAUCGAGUAUCGCUGCUUUCAAACCGUCUGCAUUAGGCUUAGCAUAUCAGGCAUCAAAAGCGGGCGUUGAUAUGAUGUCCCGGGCGUUGGCCCUGGAGUUGGGACCCAAAAUACGGGUCAAUGUUAUCAAUCCGGGACCUGUGAUUACAAACUUUUUUAACAACAACCCUAUGGCUGAUCCCAAAGCGGCUGAAAAAGUAUUUUCAAAUAUGAUGUCCAAAAUAACAAUGAAAAGACUCGGAUCGGCCCUCGAUAUUGCCAAAGGGGUCGUAUACCUGGCCUCACCCGACGCUGCUUUUAUUACCGGCGCUAAUCUAUCAACACUCAUAUUCACCUCCUACCCA